UUAUCUUCAAGUAAACAACUGGGAGGUUGUAUUUAAGGGAAAAUAACAAUAGUUUGAAUUUAAUUGUUUACGAUGAUGGAAGCAUUUUAUAUACCAGUUAGGAAUAUUUGUACGUCAACGAUUUUGAAUGGUAAAAGAAAUUUCAGAAAGUUUAUCAUACCAAGAAGAGGAACAAAUAUUUUCAAACAAAGACAGAUGACAAAUCCAGAUCCUGCUAUUCCACCUUAUAAGUCUGGUGUUAGGGAACCUAAAUAUAAAGUAGGAAAUGAGUUUAUAACGGUUCCGGAACUAAUCCCUGAGCUUGUCGUUCCUGAUUUGUCUGGUUUUAAGUUGAAACCUUAUGUAUCUUACCGUGCACCGAAUGUGGUUCAGUCAGAAUUUACAGCUGAGGAUUUGUUCACUGCUGUUUAUACAGCCAAAAUCAAAACUGACUUUGAAUCUGGAAAGUUAGAUAAAGACGGAAACCCCCUAGAGCCCAGUGAAAACGAACUAUUGACCCCGAAGGAGGCUUGGAUCCGUGCAAGACAAACCGGUUCAGAUAUAUUUUCUGAACAAAAUUUAAGAGAACAAGAAGAAAAGUUUGAAAAAGACUAACUUCUUAACCAGAAUAAAAUAAUUGUUUAACAGAAUUGAAAUACCUUUAUAAAUAACAGUUUAGUAACAAAUGUACAUAAUAAAAAUAUAUUAAAUU